AAGCCAUCGCGCGAGUCUGAAACGAGGAAGCGAGCUGUUUACUAGAGAGAGGCAAACAAGAACAGCUAGCAAGAGAAGGGGAGGCUGUAAUAAUAAUUAUUAGGCUGUCGAGGCAAUAUUGAAUAUUAUUGAAUGUAACAGGCUCAAUUUGGCGGUGACAAUGAACGAGGUUUUCUCGUAUGAGAGUUUGGUUCAUGCUGUCUCAGGAGCAGUGGGAAGUGUGACUGCAAUGACAGUGUUCUUCCCUCUUGAUACUGCCAGACUGCGGCUCCAGGUGGAUGAAAACAGGAAAGCCAAAUCAACUCCAGCCAUUCUGGCAGAAAUUGUGAAGGAGGAAGGAUUACUGGCACCCUAUAGAGGUUGGUUCCCUGUCAUCUGCAGCCUAUGCUGUUCGAACUUUGUCUACUUCUACUGCUUCCACUGCCUCAAGGCUAGCUGGCUGAAAGGAAAACAGUCAGCACCAAGCACUGACUUGAUCAUAGGCAUCGCAGCAGGGGUUGUAAAUGUACUUGUCACCACCCCUUUGUGGGUCGUCAAUACCAGACUGAAGCUCCAGGGCUCUAAGUUUCACAAUGAAGACAUCCGUCCCACCAACUACUCUGGGAUUCUGGAUGCAUUUGUGCAGAUCAUCCGUGACGAGGGCGUUGCAGCGCUUUGGAACGGGACCUUCCCGUCCCUACUGCUGGUGCUCAACCCCGCUAUCCAAUUCAUGAUUUAUGAGGGCCUGAAGAGGCAGCUGAGGAGAGGCAUUCCCAGGGAGCUGUCAUCACUGGAGGUCUUUGUGAUCGGGGCCAUCGCCAAAGCUAUCGCCACCACUGUGACAUACCCACUGCAGACCAUACAGUCCAUUCUUAGGUUCGGACAGUACAACAACACAUCAACAGAGAAGUCAAAGCUGCUGUCCAGUCUCAGAACUAUCAAGUGUCUGCUGGUCAACAGGGUGAGGAAGUAUGGUAUGUUGGGUCUUUUUAAAGGCCUUGAAGCGAAGCUGCUGCAGACGGUGCUGACUGCUGCUCUCAUGUUCCUUCUCUACGAGAAGAUCGCAAGCUCCACCUUCAGAGUGAUGGGACUGAGCAACAACCACUACAAGAGGCGCUAGCUUACAAAGACACUUAACUGCACACUUGACCACAAUAAAGGACCGAUGAGCGGUGGAAAUCACUGCUGACAAGACCGUAUGAGUGACGGGGGCUUCAACUGCCUGGACACCAGUCACUUUUUUUAAAAAGGUGAAACUGUAACUUGCGUAAGCCAUCCAAUAAAACAUUACAAACUAAA